AUGUUGAAGAGCUCGCGAUUAUUAAAGAUUAUUAAUAAUAAUGUAUCUUUAAGAUGGACGCGACUGCAGAAUUCGGCUUCCGAUGUCACACAGAGCUCACGCCAAAAAGCGUGGCUAACGGCCAGGGAACGUUACAAGAAUCACGAGCACGUUUACUACAGCUCCGUCUUGGAGACCAAAUGGAAGUCAUCUACCCCUCCGGCUUCAGUUAAUUCACAAUUUCCGCACGAUUGGAUGGACGACUACGAAUUCUACGAGGGAGGCAAGAGCACAGAUACCAAACACGGCACCCCAGACGCCUCAAUACCAGCUUCAACCGUUCCAUGCAGCGGAUGCGGAGCACACUUGCACUGUUCAAAUAUCUCCAUGCCCGGCUACAUACCCAGCGAGAUAUUCAACGGCCGGUCGCAACAGGAGCUGAAAACUAUCAUUUGCCAAAGAUGCCAUUUCCUGAAUCACUACAACAUCGCCUUGGAUGUUGAUGUGCCACCUUCGUCCUAUGUGGAUACGAUUUCGCGCAUACAGGACCACUUUGCCCUGGCAAUCGUAAUGGUGGACCUUCUGGACUUUCCCAGCUCCAUUUGGCCCGGCAUGCAGCACGUUCUGGGCACAAAGCGCCCUGUCUUCCUAGUCGGCAAUAAGGUUGAUCUCCUGCCGCGCGACUCCAACAGCUACCUGAAUCACGUGAAGCAUUGCCUGCAGCGUUCGUUCAUCCAGCAUGGUGGCGGAGACGGGCUCAACAUAAAAAAUGUCAGUCUGAUAUCGGCCAAGACAGGCUAUGGCAUUGAGGAACUGAUCACGCAGCUGCACAAGACCUGGUCGUACAAGGGAGAUGUUUAUCUCUUGGGAUGCACGAAUGUGGGCAAAAGUACACUGUUUAAUAUCUUGCUCAACUCGGACUACUGCCGCCCAGAGGCCAGUGAGCUUGUGCGCAAGGCCACGACCUGCCCCUGGCCAGGAACAACCCUUGAACUGUUGAGAUUCCCCAUCUUCAGACCAUCUGACAGCCGAGUCUAUCAGCGCUUUAAGCGCUUAUUCUCAGAACGCGUCGAAAGGGCCUCCUUGGAUAAACUGCGGCGGGAACAAGCCCAAAAAACCGGAGCUGUUGCCGCGGCUCAGCCAGUGUCUCAAGUGGGACGUAGCUUCGAUCGCCGUGAGGUGGUCAAUGACUCCUUCUCGAUGGCAGCCGGCACGCAGCCCAUAACUAGCUUGAACGAACGUCGUGCAGAGUAUCGGGAGGCUCGAUGGGUCUACGAUACACCAGGAGUGAUGCAGCCCGAUCAACUGACAGCUCUCCUAACCGCUGAGGAGCUCGCACAGCUGCAGCCAACGACAAUGAUUCGUCCCCGAGCUUUUCGCCUGCGACCCAAGAUGACUUUACUGCUAGCAGGCUUGGCCCGCAUGGAUAUCUUGGAUCUCUCCGGCUCUGAGAAGCACUAUGAUUGGCUUAAGGUGUUUGUUUUCGCCUCUCAAAACCUUCCCGUGAUGAUAGCAGACACCCUGCAAGCAGAAACAGUAUAUAAGCGAUAUCUGGGAACUCCCUUCCUUGGCAUUCCCUCAGCUAGUGGGGAUUUAGAGGCACGAUUGAAACGCUGGCCAGGCCUUCAUUGCAAAGAAAAAGAUAUUGUUGUUAGCAAAAGCGGCAGGCAUGAGGGAAGGCUGAAUUGUGAUAUUACACUAAGCUCCGCAGGAUGGCUGGGCCUACUCUUGCCUGAUAACUCCGAGUGCAGUCUUCGGGUAUGGACGCCACAUGCAGCGGGAAUAUAUGUACGUACACCGGCUGUAAUACCACUUGCCGAUCGGUUGGUGGGCAAACAUAUUCGAAACUCGUUAGCUUACAAUACCACAAUGCCAUUUGUUUUUAAAAAAUAAAACCAAAGACCAGAAA